UCUCUUGCUUUCUAACCUUUAAAAUCAUCCUCUCUUGCAGUCGAAGCAAGAUUCUUCUGUAUAAACAAUCAGUGCUGCUGAUUGGAGCUGCAUUCGAGUAAGAAUCAUGAGAGAUAGAAUGGAGAGAUUGGCAGUGAUGCCUUUUCCAUUUGGCUGCGCCUCUCACUCCAGUAUUUCAGUCAAGCUCCAGAACCCAAAAAUGGCAAAAUCAGAACUCUGCAACAAUCUGAGAGGAGAAGAAAAUAUAAGGAUCGAGCAAAUGAAGAACUCAAUUAGCCUUCUGCCACUUCCAAAGGCCACACUUUCUGCUGGACUACAGCGAUUGAUUAGGAGUCUCAAGAGCUUAUCUCAACUCUUUGUGGACAAGGAAGAGUUUGUAGAGAUGGAGAUAGGACUUCCAACAGAUGUCAAGCACGUAGCUCACAUAGGUCUGGAUGGUUCCACAACACCCAUGAAAAGCUGGGAAGUGCUUCAAGGACCAGAACUACUCCCCCUGCCUUCUAUCUCCCUGCAAGACUUUGAGCUUGCCAUGGCUGCUCAAGGGUUUGCAGGUCGCCAGAUGGACAUUAAUUAACAAAAGAGAGAGAGCGGGAGGAAGGAAGGAAGGGAGGGAGGGAGAUGUUUGCACGUGUAUAGAAUGUGAGAGCCGCUAUCAAAUGGGACCUUUUCAUUAGCUUAUGAGCAACUUUCUUGUUGGCUUUUUCUUUACUCAUAAGAUUAUCUGUCUUGCUAACCAACUUCUGAUAAUUCCCUUUACUUUUAUGUCAUUUUCUUUUGCUUUUUUC